AGUGUUUUACAACAUGUUAGCUGUGGUGACAAAUAUUGGUGCCAAAGCAAGCGAGCUCAUUCUGACAACAAAUCUGCCUGGGUGUGCAUGUGCUCAGGGAGUCCCGGGGGAGCUGGAAGUGACAGAGCCACCGGCAGCUCUGAGGGAGAGGCACCCGCGGAGGCUCCGCGCUGGGGGCAGCGGGAGCUGUGGUCCUGCCCGCCCGUAAGUGGCUGAGCCAGGUCUGCUCAGAGCAUCUCUCCAAGGAGCCCGUGCUUGAUCUGUUCUUUUUAAUGCUGUCUCUGAAUCCUCCUGUAGUUCAUAGCCCUGUGUCUGAUGGGAUCCAGGAGCGCUGACCCUGAGCACAGGGAGGUGUUUCUCCUGCACCGCACAGGAGCUCAGGUGCGGGCUGAAUCCAGGUGGCUGCACCCCGGGCAUUUCAUCGUCAGCGAGCUUGGUGGCUUGCUUCUGCUGUGUCCCACUGUGUUCCCAGAGAGCCCCUACAUGGGCUGCAUGGCCCGUGACAUCCCAAAUAUCCGCCUCUGAGCUCUUUUCCUACCUGCUGUCUGCAAGCAUCCUUCCUCACUGCAACCCGUGCCUGAAAUGAAGCUCUCUCUCAGCUUUCUUGCCCUUCUUCCCUUCCCUUUCCUUGUACCAAAGGACAGGUGGGAGCGUUGCUGUAGCGUGACUGCCCAUGGAGCAGGGUGGUGAGAAGGAAUGGAUAACCAGACGGUGCUGGCCGUGCAGUCCUUGCUGGAUGGUCAGGGAGCAGUGACAGACCCGUCUGCUCAGAGCGUCAGCUCCUCCACCGCCAUCCCGCCCAUGGAUGAUGAAGACGUCUUCCUGUGUGGGAAGUGCAAGAAGCAGUUCAACUCCUUGCCUGCCUUCAUGACCCACAAGAGAGAGCAGUGCCAGGGAAGUGCCCCUUCCCUCUCAACAGUCUCUCUGGCCAGCAGCAGCGUGUACAGCCCCCCCAUCACAGCGGUGCAGCAGGCUCCGAGCGCCAGCCGACAGCAAAUUUCUACGUACAUCACCGUUCCCCCAUCGCCUUUGAUUCAGACCCUGGUGCAGGGGAACAUCCUGGUUAGCGACGAGGUGCUGAUGUCGGCCAUGUCUGCGUUCACGUCCUUGGACCAGCCCAUGCCCGCCGUGCAGCCCCCGGUGCAGAGCAGCCUGAGUAUGCACGCUGGGGCUGGGUACCUCUCGCAGCCCCCCCCGCCACCACCUCCCCCUCCACCGCCUCCUCCUCAGCCCCCACCGCCUCCCCCGCCAAGCCUGGGGGCUCCGGGUCAGCCCAGCGCCGGCGGCGUGGUCGAAGUGUACAGCGCUCCUGCUCCUCUGGCAGCAAACAGCUCGGUGGAGAUCCAGGCGCUGGGCAUGCAGCCCUACCCGCCCAUGGAGGUACCAAGCCAGUGUGUGGAGAGCCCCGUGUACCCCUCUCCCCCUGUGUACAGCCCUGGGAAGCAGGGGUUCAAGUCCAAGAGCACCGGUGCUCCCGCGCCUCUGAGCGGCUCAGGAGGAGGCAAUGUGGUUGGUUUUGAUUCCACCUCCGCUGUCAAAAGUAGGCGAUCCAAAAACGAGAGUGGGCUGCAGGAAGGGAAACCAAAGUCCCCCAAGCUGAAAUGCACUUACUGCGACAAGGCCUUUACCAAAAACUUUGACCUGCAGCAGCACAUCAGAAGUCACACAGGGGAGAAGCCCUUCCAGUGCAUCGUGUGUGGCCGAGCCUUUGCCCAGAAGUCCAACGUGAAGAAACACAUGCAAACCCACAAAGUCUGGCCUCCGGGGCUGGGCUGCACCAUCUCCCGCAACUCCAUCACGGUGCAGGUCAUGGCCCUGAACCCCAACCAGACGGAGGAUGAGGAGAACACAGGUUUGACUCAGCCCUCGAGGAACCCCGCACAACCGCCCCAAGACAUGAGCCCCAUGGAGGAGAGCGAGGCAGGCAAACUGGAAGCCAAGCAGGUUGUCUUGAUCGACAGCUCUUACCAGUGCCAGUUCUGCCCCAGCAAAUUCAACACCUAUUUCCAGCUCAAAUCACACAUGACGCAACACAAGAACGAGCAGGUGUACAAGUGUGUGGUGAAGAGCUGCGCUCAGACCUUCCAGAAGCUGGAGUCUUUCCUCGACCACAUCAAGAGCCACCAGGAGGAGCUGAGUUACCGCUGCCACCUCUGCAGCAAGGACUUCCUCUCCCUGUAUGAGCUGGGCAUCCACCAGUACUCCCACAACCUGCUGCCCCAGCACAGCCCCAAGAAGGACGUGGCCGUGUACAAGUGUGUGAAGUGUGUAAAUAAGUACUCCACGCCAGAAGCCCUGGAGCAUCAUCUGCAGACAGCAACGCACAACUUCCCCUGCCCUCACUGCCAGAAGGUGUUUCCCUGCGAGAGGUACCUGCGCCGCCACAUCCCCACGCACGGUGCGGGCAGCAAGUUCAAGUGCCAGAUCUGCAAGAAGUUCUUUCGCCGCGAGCACUACCUCAAGCUGCACGCCCACAUCCACUCGGGUGAAAAGCCCUUUAAGUGCUCGGUGUGUGAUGCAGCUUUCAAUCGGAAAGACAAACUCAAGAGGCAUAUGCUGAUCCACGAGCCUUUCAAGAAAUAUAAAUGUCCCUUCUCAAGCCACAUGGGCUGCAAUAAAGAGUUCAACAGGCCAGACAAGCUGAAGGCUCACAUACUGUCCCAUUCAGGGAUGAAGAUCCACAAGUGCCAGUACUGUAACAAGUCCUUCAGCCGACGAGCCCACAUGAUGGAGCACCAGCGCUCGCACACCGGCAACUACAAAUACCGCUGCCCCACCUGCAGCAAGGGCUUCACGCGCCACAAGUACAUGAAGGACCACAAGUGCCGCCUGGGCUCACCCAAGGACAAAGACCUGCAGCUCAGGAAGCCCCAGAAGAAACGGGUGGCACGGGGGCGCAAGGUGGGCCUGUCCAUCCCCAACCAGCUGGCUCUGGCGGAGCUGAAGGACGGUGCCGCUGGGGAAAGCCCCCAGGACGACAGCCCGAACAAAGAACCCUUUCAGGAGUCGGACGCAGUCCUGUCCAUUGUGGUGGGUGGGUCAGGAGCUGCUGACUCAGACCUCGUUGUUCCUGGGCAGCCCAGCAGCAUCACGUCCAAUUUGUCCUUGGCAGAGCUGCAGGCUGCCUCGGACGGCCCCUGCACCAUGCUGGCUGUCCCCGUGUACAUCCAGACGACGGAGUGACUGUGUAAAGAGCCACCGUGUGGCUCAGGGCUGCUGCUGGGGUCGUCAGACGUGGUGCAGAAAUUUGGCUCAGUGAAAAAGACCAAGGCUCUUGUGGGGAGGUAGAUGGAUAUGGGAGAGAAGGGCUUUCAUCUCCACUUGUUCUUCCCGUCCUUGGGCAAAGGACUGCUUGGAAGCUACUGAUGGCACAAGGCACUGAAGGGAAUGGCUCUGUCUCUUCUUGUCCCUCUGCAUCACUGGUCAGCCUAGGGCAGGAAAGACUAAGAUCCCUGAAUCAGGGUGAGAAGAAAGAGCAAACAAACGUGCAACAAACAGAGCUGCUGAAAUCAGGUGGCUUUGCAAAUCACAGCCUGUCCCAUCUGUGGUUUUUCUGGCCUGAAAGCUAUAUUGCCCAGUAUUUGGGUGGCCUUUCCAAGAGCAAACAAAUGAUCCUUCCUAGUGGAAGCAAGUUCAUCCUGAGAUCCUUCGGGAACACUGUUCAGAAAUACCCUGACAGACUUGUCUGGUAUCUUUCUUUUCCCUGUCUGUUAUCAGCAGAAAGAUCACCGUGUCUGUACUACGUGUUAUAAACACCAUGGAGCUGGCACGCUGUGUCGAGUCGAU